GAGCUGGGGGCUGGGGAGAGGAGAGGGAGAGAGCCAGCGAGGCAGGGCUGGAACGAGUGUCUGGCAGCCGGGAUCCCCGCGAAGAGAGCGACCGAGCAUAGGAAAGCAAGCGAACUAGAGGGAGUAGGGGAGACCAAGACUGACCGGUAGCCAGGCAGGCGGACGGACACACGCCGGGACAGACAGACUGAACAGGCGCUGGAGAACCUCGCACUGGUUCCUCCCGCCUUUCCCUUUGAAAGCCAGGAUUUUGCCUUUUCCGUGGCGCCCGAGAGAGAAUGCUGGACUCUGCCGACUUCAGCGCAAGCUAAGAUUUCUCAGCUAGGGAAGAAAAAGCAGCCCAAUCCUGAGAAGGGGGGGAAGCAAGCUCCCCUGUCCCCAUCCCCCCCUCCCCCCAUACCAAAACUCGGGCACCAAACCCAGCCCUUCCCUAACCAUCCGACUUCCUCCUCUCCUUUCUAGAAUGGUGGCUGUAUGGACAGUCUGACAGAACAGAGACUGACAUCUCCCAAUCUGCCGGCCCCCCACCUGGAACACUACAGUGUUCUGCAUUGCACCAUGACCCUGGAUGUGCAAACUGUAGUCGUUUUUGCCGUGAUUGUAGUCCUCCUGCUUGUCAAUGUCAUACUCAUGUUUUUCCUGGGAACGCGCUGAAUGGAGUCCAGCCACCUGAGCUGUUGCUAACUCUCGAUUUGAUUUCAUCCUGAGAACCACCGAGAAAAAAAAAAAUCAAGAGAGACAGUCAGAGACAGGGAAAGAGAGGGAGAGAAAGAGCAAGCUUUCUUACUGAGGGGGGAAAACGUUUUGAGCUUCAACAUGGCCUCGCUGUGAUAUCUGAUCACUGGAGAUUCCAUCGUUAGUGCUGAGGCAGUAUGGGAUCACGUCACCAUGGCCAACCGGGAGUUGGCAUUUAAGGCUGGCGACGUCAUCAAAGUCUUGGAUGCUUCCAACAAGGAUUGGUGGUGGGGCCAGAUCGACGAUGAGGAGGGAUGGUUUCCUGCCAGCUUUGUGAGGCUCUGGGUGAACCAGGAGGAUGGGGUAGAGGAAGGGCCCAGUGACGUGCAGAAUGGGCACCUGGACCCCAACUCAGACUGCCUGUGUCUGGGCCGGCCACUGCAGAACCGGGACCAGAUGCGGGCCAACGUCAUCAAUGAAAUCAUGAGCACUGAGCGCCAUUACAUCAAGCACCUCAAGGACAUUUGUGAGGGCUACCUGAAGCAAUGCCGAAAGAGAAGGGACAUGUUCAGCGAUGAGCAACUGAAGAUCAUCUUUGGGAACAUUGAGGACAUCUACAGGUUUCAGAUGGGCUUUGUGAGAGACCUGGAGAAGCAGUACAACAAUGACGACCCCCACCUCAGCGAGAUAGGACCCUGCUUCCUGGAGCACCAAGAUGGAUUCUGGAUAUACUCUGAAUACUGUAACAACCACCUGGACGCCUGCAUGGAGCUGUCCAAGCUGAUGAAGGACAGCCGCUAUCAGCACUUCUUUGAGGCUUGCCGCCUCUUGCAGCAAAUGAUCGACAUUGCUAUUGAUGGUUUCCUUUUGACUCCAGUGCAGAAGAUCUGCAAGUAUCCCUUACAGCUGGCUGAGCUCCUCAAGUAUACCGCCCAAGACCAUAGUGACUACAGGUAUGUGGCAGCUGCCUUGGCUGUCAUGAGAAAUGUGACUCAGCAGAUCAAUGAACGCAAGCGGCGUUUGGAGAAUAUCGACAAGAUCGCCCAGUGGCAGGCCUCUGUCCUGGACUGGGAGGGCGAGGACAUCCUAGACAGGAGCUCGGAGCUGAUCUACACCGGGGAGAUGGCCUGGAUCUACCAGCCGUAUGGCCGCAACCAGCAGCGGGUCUUCUUCCUGUUUGACCACCAGAUGGUCCUCUGCAAGAAGGACCUGAUUCGGAGAGACAUCCUAUACUACAAAGGCCGCAUUGACAUGGAUAAAUACGAGGUAGUUGACAUCGAAGAUGGCCGAGAUGAUGACUUUAAUGUCAGCAUGAAGAACGCCUUUAAGCUUCACAACAAGGAGACGGAGGAGGUACAUCUGUUCUUUGCCAAGAAGCUGGAGGAGAAGAUACGCUGGCUCAGGGCUUUCAGAGAAGAGAGGAAAAUGGUACAGGAAGAUGAAAAAAUUGGCUUUGAAAUUUCUGAAAACCAGAAGAGACAGGCUGCAAUGACUGUGAGAAAAGUCUCUAAGCAAAAAGGCCUUCCAGAACAUGGAUCACCUUCAGCAGAUUCUCGAUCAUCUUUGAAGCGUUUGUGCCACACUUUAUUUGCACUGCACUCAUUGCAUCAUCCCUCAAAGCCUUCUGAAUCAUCUGAAUAGUUUCUGCGGAGGAAUAUUCAAGCUUAAUGCAAAAUUUGAUGCAGAUUCGUUGCUCUACUCGCUCAGUCAUUUUGAAUGCAACAGUUACACAGUACACAUGCUCACUCAAUGGUGUCUACCGCCCCUACUGACUAGUACAGUGAAGUCAUCAUUGUUCACACAUGCGCGUUCCAGUCCAGUCUCCUUGGCUGCCAGGUUACAUCAAUGUUGUGUGAACCGUUCUCACUUUAUUAACAAUGACUGGACUUUUUCUGGACAGACACACACAGAGAAACAACAGUCUUGUGAUUGUCAGAGGGGAAGGUAAAGGGGGUAGGUGUAGGCGGGAAAGGGGGAUAAAUGGGGACAGAGACUUUGCUUUAGUUGAUAGGCGCAUGAUGCAGUGUGUAGAUGAUGUUUUGUUGAGUUAUAUAUUUGAAACUUGUAUGGUUUUGUGACCAAAUGUCAUCCCAAUAAUUCAAUAAAAUAUGUUUCAAAAAAAGAAUGAAAACACAAGACAGAGACUGGAAGAAAAUACUUGCAAAACACAUUAUCUGGUAAAAGUCUCGUAUCCAAAAUAUAGAAUGAAUUCUUCAAAUGAUCACCGAUAAGAAAAACCUGUUGACCUAAAAAUAAAAGGUCAAAUACUAGAAUGUCGGGGGCUUGACAUCAUGUUUUGGGAAAAGUCAUAGAACUAAACAGUACAGAGUGUCAGUCCUAGUGUACACUGUGGACUUCCGUUAACAAUAAUGUUGGGCCUAUUGGAAAACAUGGGAAAAAUACUGAUGGAUGGUGGCCUUGGCAACAAGGUUUUGAAUAUGCUAUUCAAAGCACAAGGAAUGGAAUAAAAAAGGAACAAACAGGACUACAUUAAAAUACAAAGCUUCUGCACAGCAAAAGAAACAAUACAGUGAAAAGGCAGCCUCCAGCAUAGGAGAAAAUAUUGGCAGCCCAUAUACUGAUAAGGGAUUACUAUUCAAAAUAUAUAGGUAGUUCAUCAACUCAAUAGCAAAAAGAAAAAAACAAACCAGUAUUUCAAUGAACACGUGCACACAGGACCUGAGUAGACUUGUUUCGAAAGAAGACAGACAGACGGCCAGCAAAUAGAUAAAAAGGUGCUCAGCAUCAGCAACCAACAGAGAAAUGCAAAUCGGAACCACAGUUAGGUAUUGUCUCAUGGCCCCUUGAAUGGCUGUCAUCAAAAAGGCAAGGGAUAGCGAGUGCUGGCAAGGAUGUAGACCAAGGGAGCCCCUGUUCACUGGCGGUGGGGUUGUGAAUUGGUAGGCCACAGUGAAAACAGUUUGGAGGAUCUUCUAAAAAUUAGAAUCAGGCCUGUUAUGUUACCCAGAAAUCCCACUUCUCAGUAUAUAUGGGAGGGAAAUGAAAUCAGAAACUUGAGGAGGUAGCCGCACCCCAUAUAUGCAUUGCAGCAUUAUCCACAGUAGCCAAGACAUGGAAAUAGUGUAUGUGUCCUCCAGCGGAGGGCUGGAUACAAUAAAUGUAGUACAUGUGUGUGUGUAUAUACACACAUGUGCACACAUGUACACAAUGGAAUAUUAUUCACCCAUAAAAGGAAAGAAAUCCUGCCAUUUAUGGAAACAUUUGGAUUUGGAGGGUAUUAUUCUAUGUGAAAUAAAGUCAGAUAGUAAAGCAUAAAUACUCCAUGAUGUCACUCAUAUUUGGAAUCUGUAAAAGACAAACAUAGAAACGGGAAUUAGAUUGGUGGUUGUCAGGGGCUGUAAUGUACACUAUGAUGACUACAGUUAACAAUACUUACUGUGUACCUGAGAGUUGCUACAAGAGAAGUUUUUAAAUGAUGAUUGUGUGAGGUGAUGGAUGUGCAAACUAACCUUAUUGUGGUAAUCAUUUCACAAUACAUGUGUAUCAGAUAUCACAUUUUGCACCUUAAACUUACACAAUGUUAUCUAUCACUUAUGUCUCAAUGAAACUGGAAAGCAAAACUAAGAACAAAAACAAAACAAAAAAUACCAUCUUUUAUUGGGUUGGCCAAAAAGUUUGUUUUUUUCCCAUAUGAUGGCUCCAGUAGUAGUACUUAGUUGCCUUUAACUUCAUUCAAAACAAUUUUGUUAGAUUGUGUUAUGACAGCUAUCAUACCAGAGUGCAUUAAAAAAAUCAAAAUUGGUGAAUUUUUGUGUAGCCAUUUUCAUAUUGAAGAUAGAAGAAAAUAAGCAACAUUUUCAGCAUAUUACAUGCUUUAUUAUUUCAGAAAAGGUAAAAACACAAGUAAAACCAAAAAAAAAACGAUUAGUGCAGUAUUUGGAGAAGGUGCUGUGACUGAUUGAACAUGUCAAAAGUGGUUUGCGAAGUUUCGUGCUGGAGAUUUCUCGCUAGACGAUGCUUCAUAGUCGGGGAGACCAGUUGAAGUUGACAGUGACCAAAUCGAGACAUUCAUUGAGAGCCAUCAACGUUCUACCACGUGGGAGACAGCUUACAUACUCCAAAUAUCCACGUCAAUAAAGUUACUGGCAUAAAUGAAAAAUGUGGCUUUUAUUUUAUGAAAAACAAAACAAAACCAAACCAUGGACUUUUUGGCCAACCCAACAGGAAAGAACCAGUUCCUUCCCACUGAAGUGCCAAUAGCUGAUGGUGGCCUGAUAAGAUACCACUUCCAGCGUCAUGGGAUCCAGUCACCAAACAAAGGCAAAGACAGAAGCUGCAAUGUUGACAUUUCCGACGAGGCCCCAGAUGAGGAAGGUCUAUGGGAGCAGCAGAGAGGUCUCCCUUGCAUUCUUAGUCACAUGCUGUGUAUCUCAGCCUAUUCCGUUCUGAAUAUAGAUGAAGAUUAAACAUUAAUAUUAGGCCCCCAGUUCCCGGAAUUCUCCAUUCAUUGGAUUUUUGCCUUGAUGGUUGCCAACCCUCCUAAGGGAAGUUGAGAAAUGAUUGCGUCAUUCCCUUUGAAAGGUCACAAACAUAUUCCAAGUCUUUCCUGUGUUCCAUGAAUCGUAUUUUCUGGUGGUGAGUCCGUGUUCUCCCUCAACUACCGAUAUCACUUCCCUAUUAAAUAGUUUCAUUACCCGACCCGGCGUAGGAGGCUAGAUCACUUGCUCCUUAGCUUUUAAGAAAGCAUUUCCCUCCCUCAAAGACCUACCUUGAAGUCAGUAGUUUUUUUUAAAGACUUCAUUUAUUUUUAGAGACAGGGGAAGGGAGGCAGAAGGAGAGGGAGGGAAACAUCUAUGUGAGAGACAAACAUCAGUGGGCUGCCUCUCAUACACACCCUAAGCAGAGACCCAACCUGCAACCCAGGCAUGUGCCCUCACUGGGAUUCGAACUAGCAACCUUUCUCCCUGUGUGAUGAUGGCCAACCAACUGAGCCACGCCAGUGAGGGCUGAAGUCAGCAGUUUUUAACGAGGCUCUUUAGACUCUUUCAGGGGAAGUAGAAGAGGGGGAAAUGUUGUUUGCCAUUAAAUGGAUAUUGUGGGGUUAUUUGCAGCACUAGGCCCUGCAGAAUGGAUUAUGGUCUCUGGGACAGAGUUCUGAACUGAGAAGUCAAAGAAUGUGAGUUCUAGCCCUCGCCUUGCGACCUGGGGGUAUGACAUUUUCCUCCCGGUCUCAGUGUGCUCAUCUGUAAACUGACCAAUAGCAACACCCUGAGUUUCUCAGUGAUGCCGUGUAGAUGGGAAAGCGUGUGUCAUUGCAGUGAUCACCGUGCCAUUCCAAUAUCUGUUAGGGAACGUAAGUCUGCCCUUGGUGAUUUUCAGUUCCAGUCCAUGCUCUAAAAAUAGACUGCUUCACAUCAUCUGCCCACAGUGGUCACUGGGGAGUUUGAGAAACCCCUUUCUACUUAACUUACACCCUCUCCCUUUUAUCUUUCAUCUGCUCUAGGUGUCAACUCUGCCCGCUCAGUUCCUCCUUCCUACCCACCACCGCAGGACCCAUUAAACCAGGGCCAGUACCUCGUCCCUGAUGGCAUCGCUCAGUCGCAGGUCUUUGAGUUCACCGAACCCAAGCGCAGCCAGUCACCCUUCUGGCAAAACUUCAGCAGGUUAACCCCCUUCAAAAAAUAAUACCUACAGGGAGGCAGAUAAUUUUAAAAUAAAGUAAAUAAAAUUAUAUUUAUAGAUGGACCUUUUUUCGGAGAAGCACUGUUGAAAUUUAUAUAUAUAUAUACAUAUAUAUAUGGACAUAUACACACACGGCAACCCUUGAGUGUAUACACACACACACACACACACACACACACACACACACGCAUACAAGGACCAAAAACGUUUUCUGUUGUUUUUGGGAAGUGAAAUCUAUAGCUGGUAGGAAGAGGUACCAAUGACUUCCAAACAUGUGAUCCCUUCUUAAAAGUUGUUUUCGUUGUUCUUACUCUGUCCCCUUCCCCGUUGCUUUCAGAAAUGGACACUUCUAUUUGUUCCUUCUCUCGUUGAGAUAAUCUCUUUGCUCUCCUGUGAGUGCUCCACUGACUUGUCAUGAAACCAUAGCUGUGUUUGUAUCGGUUUUUCCCUCUCCUGAUCUCGAUGCUGAUGACUUUUGAAUUUGCUUUCAUGUGGUGGGGUUUGGGAGUUUGGCAUAUUUGUUUUUCCCCCUUUUUACUUUUUACUAGGUAAAGGGAGGGUCUCCUUUCUCCUCUCUUACCAGCUGACCAUCUAUCUCUCUGCGAAUGUUCCUGCAGCCCUGUAGUUGCCCCCAAACGGCCUUUCCCCUGCAUCUUCUGUUCUCAGUUGUGCGAGUCUGGAUGUGCUCCGUCGUGCCUGUGACAUACCGCUCAGUAUUUCUAUUUGCUUUCACUGUGUUGUAGGUGUUGUAGAGGGAUCGAAACCAAACAGAAGUGAGGGAGUGUCAGACUAUCAUGAUGCUGGAGAGGACAUCUGUUCAGGGACCAUUGUGCAUCUGGGCCGUUUCUUCUCCUAGCACUGGGGUUUCCCAUGAUGCAGUGCUGCUGAGUCAUGCCGGUUUUGUAUCUGGCAUGUACUUGGGCAAAUGCUGCUCUUCUUCCAGAUGCUUUUGGGUAUGGUUUUCCUUCUAAGCCUGUCCCUCUCCUAAGCUAAAAGAUCUGAACCAGAAGCAGACAAGGCUGAGUCCCUCUGCCUCCCAAGGGAGGAAUCCAACCGCCUCCUGGACCAAGUAGGUUUAAGACAGGGCUGCCCUCGGCAGUCUGCAGUCAGUUCGAAAGCCCGGCCGUCCCUGUUUCCAUCUGCAGAUUGUUUAGGCAGCAUUGAUAGGUGUCUACGAAGGGGUAAGGACAGAGUCUACCCUACCUGACCGAGGUCAUCAGCUGCCUUUAGAUUAUUGACCUGGACAGGAUCCAAGGCCGCCAGUCACCUCUGCCAGGGAAGCACAGGGAUGGGUGUGGAAGGAGACAGCCUUGGCCCGGGAUGCGUACGUGCAGUUCCUACCAUCCAAGUGAUUUGCGACUUCCCCCAUUGUUAGCAGAUUGCAUGGACAAUCUUCCAUGGCCCUUGCCCUCUUCCUGUCUUUCUUCUUUCUCCUGCUCUCCUGGCACAGGAGGAUUGCUGGCAUUGACAUAGUUAAAGCACUUCUGGCACUUGAAGAAGGCCCCGUUUCCGACAUUCUCCCAUCUCAAGACAUUUGAAGCAAGUAAGCGAGGACCCCAGGGAGACUUUUCCCUCCGGAGAAAGGAUCUGAAAUAGCGAUCCUAUACUUAGGCUCCGUUUUGGCAGCAUUUACGCUUGAGUCAAACUAGCUUCUCCCACAAAGAGCUUCCUGUGGGUGCAAGAGUAUUUGCUUCUCCUCCCCCACAUGGCCCAUUGGGUGGAUAGACCUUGAACAGCAAGAAGAAUGGAGGACAGAGGAGUGAGGAUUGACUUUGCUCUGGAGCACCACUCUAGUGAGGAAUCCGGACAUUGUGAGUCUUUCCGGAACCCCGUGGAAGACUUCAUCAUGAAAGGACCUCAGCUUACUGAGCACCAGCCAUGGCUACCUGGGGCCCUCAGUGUAGCUGGCUGGAUUGCCGCUCACCCAGGCCUGGGGAUUUUUUCUCUGUGGGCAUCAAAUUACAAGCUGUUGCAGCUUCCAUCCCACCACACCCAGAGCAGACUUUUGGAGCGAGCCAAGGAUAAGCUUGAGCUGGGCAGAGGGUCGGGGCUCGGGACCGGCCACCACUGUUUUGCACAUGCCCUAGCUUCUUAAGCCCCCUUGGCAAGGAACCGGGUACGCAGUGCCUAAGGCAGAAAGACCUCCCUGGCAAGAAUAUGUGUCAGUGGCUGGGCAGGCCUCCCUUGAACUUAUAUUCUUUCCUACUUGCCAUUCCUCUCCACUAGCCUUGGCCUUGAUGUCUUUCACCAGGGUCUUAGAGCCCACGAAGAGGGGAGGCUUAGACAAGGCCAUGGACCUCCAGCAUCUCUUGGGCAACUUCCCUUGUCCCCGUGCUCCCUUGGGCCUGUACCCAGAGCUACAGGAUCAGGGAUAUCAGCACCCACCCCUUAUCCACCCAUCUCUCAUCCACUGGCCUCCCAGAUGCCAAUCACUUGUGAAAACAACAGCAUCAGUUCGUCCUUGGUUGUAGUGUUCCCCCAGCCUAUGGCAGCAAAUCAAACCAGUGGCCAGCAGCCCCAUGGGGAGCCCCCCUAUCUGGGCUCACGCUCCCAGCCUAUCCUGUGUCCUGACAGCAGUGCUAUCCCCAAGAACUGUGUAAAUCUUCGUUUCUGCAUGGCCCUGAGCUCCCUUUCCCUCAGCUCAACGAGGCCUGGAUUUGCUCUUCUAAAGGCUUUGCUGACGUGUUCUGUGGGCCCUGCUGUGGGGUGGUCCUAACACAGAAUUCCAACUCCUCUGUCCCUCUUCCCUCUCCCUCUCUCCCCUUCUCUUUCUGUGUAUAUCUGUAAUGGAUUUCUAAGGACAGCAACAAGAGAGUUCUAACAAUUCUAGUGUAAAAGCCAAAUAGUGAUCUUUUAGUGCUCUGGGGCUGGGGUGGGCCGGGGUGGAUGGAUGGGCGACAGCGAUGUUGAUUACCCCUGCUGCUCUGCAUUUGCCAGUUUAUUUUGUUUCUUCUACCUGACUGUUUGACCCUGUCAAACAAGUGUCAAAGUUGUGUGUUUAAAACUGUUUAACAACAAAAAUAUGAUGUUGUAAUGACACAAAGCCUUAUGAAAAUAUUUAUGGAGUUCAAUAAAAGAA